UGGCUGCGAUUGUACUUCUAUGUGCAUGGACUCUAUUGACCGUGAAGCUGCCCAAGCCCAUAUUGACAAUAUAAGGCAGUAUACAAAGGAAGAAAAGGACUUAUAUAUAAUGGGAGCAUUAAACCGGAUGAAUUCAGAUAAAAAACGAAGCCGGUAUGGUGAUCGUCAGCGUACGCGAUACGACUAUAAGUUUGAGGGUAAUGUUGUUUGUAAGAAAACAUUCAUGUGUGUGUAUGACAUCGGCCCAACUCAUCUCAAGAACCUCUUAAAACAUGUUAACGAGAAUGGAAAUGUUCCCCGUUGUCAUGGAAACCAAGGCCGGCGGCCCAUUCAUGCGUUAACUUUUCAAGAAAUUGAAAAUGUAAUAUCAUUUUUAAAGAAUGUUGCAAUUGAUGAAGGACUUCCCAUGCCUGCAGCACCCAGAGGGAGAGCCAAUGACGCACCAGUUUUCCUCCACAGCUCCACCACAAAGAUGAAAAUGCAUAAAUUAUAUGAAAAAUCGUGCAUUGAAGCAGCCACAAAAUGUAUUAAAUAUAGGACGUUCUGCAGAUUGUGGCAUGAGCUUUGUCCAAACAUCAAGAUCGCCACUCCCCAAGAGGACGUGUGUGUCACGUGCGAGAUGUCACGGAAAGGAGUCGCUGAUGCCACGACAGACGACGAGAAGCUAGCUGCUGCAUCAGCUCUCGAGAAACACAUCAAUGCGACCAGAAAAGAGCACAAGGUGUACAAAGACUGCGUUACUACUGCUAUGGACGAAUUGAGAGGCACGGGUCGCCCUACAGAGCCAGUCGAGCCAUGCUCAACUGACUUUCAGCAUGCACAUUACACGUUCGACUUUGCUCAGAAUUUGUGCCUGCCACAUCACAGUCGCCAGAUGGGACCUAUGUACUUUGUCACUCCUAGAAAAGUUCAUUUAUUCGGGUUUCGGGACGACGCCCUUCCGAUUCAGUAUAAUUUUCUAAUCGACGAAGCCGAGACUAUGAUGCAGGAUGGAGGUGGCAUUCACGGGCCAGAUGCUGUAAUUUCGCUCGUGGAUUACGCUCUGACAGAGUUUGGGCACGGGGAGCGAGUGACUACUCUUCAUGCGGACAAUUGUGGCGGACAAAACAAAAACCGCUACCUGCUAGCGUACUUCUGCUGGAGGACCAUGAUCGGCCUUAACGAGGAGAUACGCUAUUUGAUGCAGGUAGCAGGUCAUGCCAGGUGCAUAAUAGACGCUGGGUUCGGGCGAAUCAAGGCGCUUUACAGGCGAACGGACUGUGAAACCUUGAGCGACCUAGAAAACGUUGUUGCAUCUUCUUCAACUACAAAUGAGGCUGUCCUUUACAAGAAACCUGACGGGACCUCGAGGUUUGAAUGGCGGGAAUGGAAGACAUUUCUUGGGGAACAGUUUCGUGCACUAAAAGGAAUAAGGUCAUAUCAGCAGUUCCGAUUCACCUCUGAGUCGCCUGGCAUCAUUUUUUGAAGAAAGGAGAAGACAACGAGGAGACGAGCUACUGUGUGUUCCGUGGUGGAAAUGUAUUGCGAAGUAGACCGCAGGAAGUACAAGCUGCUGGUUUAAGCCGCGAGCGCCAGGCAUACUUGGCAACUCACGUGCGAAAAUACUUGCGGGCGAAGAACAAGGACACAACAUGUCCGCUUUCUGAGGAAUAGUGCCAAGUGUCUGACAUCACUGAAUAAGUGGACAUAUUUUGGGUGUGAAUUGCUAUUGUGCUGUUGUUUGUUGUUAAAAUACAGAUUGUAACGUUUAUGUACACAUAGUUAUUGAACAUUGAUAAUUUAAUGUUUUUUUGUUGUUUUUUUUAAAAUGCUAAAGACGAUGGCUUGAAAACACACUUCAAGAUACUCUGCGAAACAUAUAGGGACUGUUUUUAUAUCAUAUGGGUAUACAGCGUUUAUUAAGGUAAUAUCACUACGGGAGAUCCUUCAAUAUGUUUUAUCAAAUAUCAGAAUAAUUAUAUUAAUUAAUAGAAAAUUUACCAAAAAUUUUUGAAAAAUAAGCCAGCGAUAUUUUCAUUCUAAAUAGCAGUCCUCGUUGCCAUGGUUACAUCAACAUUUAUGCAGUGUUUGUGCAGUUACCGAAAUACUUUUCUAUUGUUACCAUUCAGUUAAAGUUUCAAUUUUUUACCAAUAAUUGCAUGACAGUAAACUAGCAAAUGAU